AUGUCCAGCAUUCUGGCAGCAGAUACGCUUCCAGGGGAUCCCAAGGAUGAUGAACGACCCAAAUGGGACAACAAAUUCCAGUACAUUUUAAGCUGUAUUGGAUUUGCUGUAGGGUUGGGAAAUAUAUGGAGAUUUCCAUACUUGUGUCAGACUUACGGAGGAGGAGCAUUCCUAAUUCCAUACUUUGUUGCCCUGAUCUUUGAAGGAAUCCCUCUGUUUCACAUUGAACUUGCCAUUGGUCAGCGCUUAAGGAAAGGUAGUAUUGGGGUGUGGAGCACCAUCUCACCAUACCUUAAAGGAGUAGGCAUUGGAUGUUUUUUUGUUGCCUUCCUGGUGAGCUUGUAUUACAACACCAUUUUAGUGUGGGUGUUGUGGUAUUUUCUGAAUUCUUUCCAAAGCCCCCUUCCUUGGAGUUUUUGUCCUCUAAAUGAAAACAGAACAGGGCCUGUUGGAGAGUGCCAGCACAGCAAUGCUGUGAAUUAUUUCUGGUACCGGCAAACGCUAAACAUCUCAGCAGACAUCAAUGAAAGCGGGGGCCUACAGUGGUGGCUGGUCAUGUGCUUAGUGGCUUGUUGGACGGUUGUGUAUAUCUGCAUAAUCAGAGGUAUUGAGUCCACAGGAAAGGCCAUUUAUUUUACUGCCCUCUUUCCUUAUCUGGUCUUGACCAUCUUCCUCAUCCGAGGACUCACUCUACCUGGAGCUACUGAAGGAUUAACUUACCUCUUUACACCUAAUAUGAGCGUUCUCCAGAAUCCCCGGGUGUGGCUUGAUGCAGCUACUCAGAUCUUCUUUUCCCUUUCUCUGGCUUUUGGAGGACACAUUGCAUAUUCGAGCUACAAUCCACCCAAGAAUGAUUGUGAAAAAGACGCUGUCACCAUCGCCCUAGUGAAUAGCAUGACCUCCCUCUAUGCUUCUUUGGCUGUUUUCUCUGUCCUGGGCUUCAAAGCAACAAAUGAUUACUGGGCUUGCCUGGACAGAAACAUCAUCAGCAUCAUCAACGAGUUUGAUUUUCCAGACCAAAGCAUUCAGCGAGAUGACUAUCUAGCCUGCUUCACACACUUGAAUUCCACCCAGUCAGACAGGCUGGCACGGCUCCAACUAAAGAGCUGCCACCUGCAAGAUUUUCUGGACAAGAGCGCCUCUGGUACUGGCCUGGCUUUUAUCGUCUUCACAGAGGCCAUCAUUCACAUGCCUGGCUCUCCCGCAUGGGCCGUGCUCUUCUUCGGGAUGCUGUUUUCCUUGGGUCUUUCUUCCAUGUUUGGGAAUAUGGAAGGAGUACUGACACCUGUCUUCGAUAUGCAAAUUCUGCCCAAGUCAGUCCCCAAGGAAUUAAUAACAGCUGUGAUAUGCCUAAUUUCCUGCCUCUCCGCUCUUUGUUUCACACUACGAUCUGGCAAUUACUGGCUUGAAAUCUUCGACAAUUAUGCAGCUUCCUUGAACCUGUUGAUCUUUGCCUUCUUUGAAGUUAUUGGUGUCAUUUAUGUUUAUGGAAUGAAAAGGUUCUGUGAUGACGUAGAAUGGAUGACGGGAAGGCGGCCCAACAUCUACUGGCAGGUGGCAUGGAAAAUCAUCAGCCCUCUGCUGCUGCUGAUCAUCUUUGUAGCCUACAUUAUCCUACUGAUACAAAAGCAGCCGACGUAUGGAUCCUGGGACCCACAAUAUGAUGAUUUCCCAAUCAAGCAAGAGAAAUUCUACCCUGUCUGGGUGCAAGUUGUCUGUGUGAUGUUGUCACUGCUUCCUUGCAUUUGGAUACCUGGGAUAGCACUUUUUCAGUUAAUCAACAGGAGGCGAGGAAGGGAGAAGACUUCAUGGCCAACACCUGAUGGCAAAGACCCUAUGACUCUGUAG